AUGCGUUUAUGGACUGUCUGCCUGUUCCACCCAAGAUUGCUGCCCUCAACUGGAAAGAGGGAGGAGAAUAUUACCUGCGCUCCUGAAUCCCUCAGUGACUGCCCUGCUGAAGUCUCUUUUGAUCGCUUUCGUGGCGCCUGCCUCUGCUUCAUCCCCACCCACGUGGAGGAGCAGCAGUGGGUAAUAGUCAGAGGGCUGUACCAGGCUGGGGAGUUCCCUGGCGAUGUCCUUAACACGGGCCCUGGGGAGGCAGCGGACUUCUCUGAAAGGAGGGUCUGCCCUGCGUAUCGGGCCCUCUGUACCCUUCAGAUGGGAGUCCCCUACGACUAUAACUCUCCUUUUCUUCUUUGUUGGGGUGGUCACGACCCGAGGCAUGGGCCUUUUGGGCCUAGGUGCUACCUCUGGAGUAGCUUGACUGUCAUCCAUACCCUCGCUCGAGUGGCUUUCCCCACCACAGCCCCGCACCCGUUGCACCAGGAUGGCAAAGUGGAGAAUGCGUUUGAGUCUGAAUACCAGAAACUUCAAGAGCAUAACGAAUCCUUGCAUGAAUUAAGAAAGGAAUGCACUGCGAAGAGAGAACUCUUUUUGAAGACGAAUGCCCAGCAGACUAUUCGAUGCAAGCAAUUGCUGUCGGAGCUAUCCUACAUCUACCCUAUUGAUCUGAAUGAUCAAAAGGAUUACUUUGUUUGUGGAGUCAAGCUUCCUAAUUCUGAAGACUUUCAAGCAAAAGAUGAUGGAAGCGUUGCUGUUGCCCUGGGCUACACCGCUCACUUGGUUUCGAUGAUUUCCUAUUUCUUACAAGUGCCACUCAGGUAUCCCAUAAUUCACAAGGGCUCUCGGUCUACAAUCAAAGAUAAUAUCAAUGACAAACUGACAGAGAAAGAGCGAGAAUUUCCUUUGUAUCCAAAAGGAGGGGAGAAGCUUCAGUUUGAAUAUGGAGUAUAUCUUCUCAACAAAAAUAUAGCACAGCUUAGAUAUCAACAUGGGCUGAGUACUCCAGAUCUAAGGCAAACACUUCCUAACCUGAAAAACUUCAUGGAGCUUGGGCUCAUGGUUAGAUGUGAUCGACACCAUACAUCCAGUGCAAUUCCUGUUCCAAAGAGACAGAGCUCUAGCUUCGGCAGAUUGGAUAUUGGCUUUUCCACUGGGCUUCCCUCUCCAGAUAAAGGACUCCGAAAACGAGCCAGCACAGGAAACGAAAGACUACAGUACAAAACUCCUCCUCCUAGUUACAACUCUGCUUUAACACAGCCUGUUGCCAUCACAGCCCGUGUAGGAGAGUUAGAUAAAAAACCUGGAUCAAUAUCUUCCUCCUUGGAUACCUCUAUGGACUCCUCAAAAGGAAAUCCCAAGAAAAGUGAGGACUUGUGCAGCAGUUUAAAUGGAGAAAACGGGAGCCUAAACAAUACCCAAGACCGGCAGGAGUCUUUUCUACGACAUAGUAGUGCAAUAAAUGGGGCGUUUCUGCCUGGUGAGUGCUCUGGCACUGCAAGCAACGAGCAGCCCUGCGAGUUUCGUCCCUCGCUCGGCCCUGUCCUUUGCUGCACCGUGGAGCAAGCGGAGGAGAUCAUGGGGAUGGAAGCGACAGGGUUCAGCACGGGAGAUCAGCUAGAAGACUUUAACUCCAUCCCGGUGGAGCACGCCGUGGCAGUGGAGUGUGAUGAACAAGUCCUAGGGGAGUUUGAGGAGUUCUCUCGAAGGAUCUAUGCACUGAAUGAAAACAUGUCCAGCUUCCGCAGACCGCGUAAAAGUUCGGACAAGUGACCUUGGACAGGGAUUUGAUAGCAGACAUUGAGGUGUAAUCAGUGAUCUGGAAUAGAGAUAAAAUUGCACUUAUUCUUUAUAUUAAUUAUAAAAAAAAUAAAUAAAGCUAAAGCUAUUCCUAUGGUGUUAGACAAGUGGACUUGAGCACGAUAACACAGGAUCAUGGUAUAUUCACAGCCCAGGUAAAUUUUGAUUCUGCUUCCAGUCCUCUUAUGUCUGGUAUUUAUAAUCUGUUGGAAGUUUUUUUUAGGCAUUGGAAUCCAUUUAUAAAGGCUUUCCUGGAAA